AUGUUGGCCGUGCGUGGUGCAAUGGAUGCCUUGCAGCACUCUACCUCAUUCAGCGGUCAGAAAGACAGUCUUCUCCGGCAACCUUCCGCCGAGGACCUCGACGCCGCUCAUCAACUUGUGUCCUCCGCGCGGGGUGAACGCCAUGGUUCACAUGUAAUUCAUGACACCCACAGGGGUGAGGCUACAUCUGACCAAAGUUAUUCGAGACGAGUUAGCCCUGGUCAAGACGCUAUCAAUGUCGCCGGGACAUCUAGCGAACCCUCUGAGCAAGCAGAGGACUCCAGUGGAUUAGGUCAAAUGUGCAGCAAUUGCGGGACCACCAAAACCCCUCUAUGGCGACGCUCACCAGCCGGCAAUACAAUAUGCAAUGCCUGUGGGCUCUACCAAAAGACCCGCAACGCUCCCCGACCUUCCAAUUUCAAACGUCCCAGCUCAGUCGCUCCAUCUGACAGUCCACGUCAAACCACAGGGACUUCACCUGUCGCUUCCGCCGCAGUACCAUCGCCAUCCCAAACUCCACAACCCAGCAUCCCGUACAGAGUUCCUGAACAUACACCAGGGUCCUGCCCUGGCGGAGGUAAUUGUAACGGAGCUGGUGGUGCCGAAGGAUGCGGAGGUUGUCCUGCGUACAACAACAGAGUCGCUAGAACAACCAAUGUUUCGUCAGUCAUUAGCCCAGUAGCGGAUGCAGAAAGUGAUGCUCAAAGUACUGCCGGCUCCACCACAGGCUCGAUUGCUCCCGCCGCUGCUCCUCCACAACCACCGAGUCAAGGCAACACAUCCAUGGUUGUCGCGUGCAAGAACUGCGGGACUACUGUCACUCCUCUUUGGAGACGAGAUGAACUUGGUCAUCCUAUAUGCAAUGCAUGUGGCUUGUAUCACAAACUUCAUGGUUCCCAUCGACCUGUCCAAAUGAAGAAGUCCACAAUCAAAAGGCGGAAGCGGGUAGUACCGGCAUAUCUAGACGCUCCGAGACCAGAGGGUGCGCCUUCACAGCCCGCGACAUCAAUGUCGCCUGAACCUCCAUCCCCUGUGGCGAUUGAUAGCGGGCAUGAUUCAACUCAAGUUACACCGGCGUCGAAGAGGAAGAGACCUCCUCCUACAGUAGACUACACCGGUUAUGUUCCCGACAGUGCACGAAUUGAUGGACAAGGAGAGACCCAAAGACUUUCCGAGGACUUCACGGUACAAGCGCGACUUGCAGCCGCCGCAGCAGAGGAAAUGCAACUUGAUCCCGCCUUGGCUGGAGCAGGGCAUCAUGAUCGGAGCUCCGACGUUCCACCUGUUCGACCAAAUGGGAGGCCAGAUGGAAUAACCUUGACACCUCAGCACUCUGAUCGGUUGCGGAACGAUCGACGAACGCAGUUGAUGCGGGAAGCUGAAGAGAUGAGAGCAGCCCUCCGAGCGAAGGAGAGAGAAAUCGAUGACCUCAACUGA